UUAGAUCUAAAUUGUGCGAGUUUAGUACGGUGUAGUAAUAGGAGUCAGGAUAUUGGAGAAAAUGACGCUAGGAGUAUAAUGUUUGGUCAUAUUAUCAAAAACCAAUCUCGUGGCCGUUUAGUUUUAUUUUUGUGAUUCGCAUUAUUGUCAUCACUGUGUACCACUUACACUCAUUGAGUAUGCUGAUUAUCUUAGUGUAUUCCUGUCUUCUGUGAUAUAUACCGGCAGUGUAUUGUGAGAUUUUCACAUCAUAUUUCGGUUUUCUAUUGUUUAUUAAAUGAAACAUACGGGAGAAUUGUGAGUGCUGGGAGUACCAACUUAUAUUAUCGUUCAUAAUUUUUUUUGCUGAUGAUCGUUUGCUUAAUGUAACUUGUUAUUCUCGAAUAAGUGACUAAUUGAUUUCAAAUUUACUCCCAAUUUGUAUUUUUUAUUAACCAAGAAGCGUCGCACAAAAUAUGUAAUUUGUCACAAAACUGUGAAUUAAUCGUGAUCAGUUUGCAGUGGGAAGAACGACGACAGUGAUUAUAUUGGUGGACAUAAGUACAUGUUUUACUAGAAGUUAAAAUAAGCUAAAAGGAAUAUGCAUCGUGAUGUAUUUUUGAUAGGGGACUCUGUACUGCUCGUAGGAGAAGGCAACUUUUCCUUUGCUGUUGGUUUAGUGGAUUUAAAUCUUCCAAUAACAAUAACAGCAUCAUGCCUAGGCUCUAAUAUUCUGCUUAAAUCAACAGCAGAGAAUAUUACAUAUUUAAAACAGAAAGGAGUUCGAGUGCUAUUGGAUGUAGAUGCAACAAAAUUGGAUAAUCAUCCUGUUCUUAAAAAUGAAAGGUUUUCAAAGAUCAUAUUCAAUUUCCCUCAUAUUAAAGGGAAAAUGAAAAUACACCUAAACAGAGCACUCCUAAAGGGAUAUUUUCAAAGCGCUAAAGAAAUGGUUACAUUGGAUGGAAGAAUAUUGGUAUCACUGUGUAAGGGGCAAGGAGGCACCAGAGUUGAUAAACUGGUACGUCGGUGGGAUGAUACAUGGAAAGUUGUUGAGAUGGCUGCACAAGGAGAUUUUGUUCUGGUAUCUGUGGAGCAAUUUAGAAGUGACAUAUUUCCAAAGUAUACAAGUGUUGGGUACAGAGGAGGAGACUCAGCAUUUCACACAGAUGGUGCUCUAGUGCACAUUUUCAGCAAACGAGAAUCUCUCUAUCCCAGUACAGAAGUGGAGAUACUAUUACAUCAUCUGGAAGAUCAGACAUUGCAAACAAAAUUUGGAAAUAUAAUAUGUAGAAGUGUUUAUGGUAUGAAAUACAGGAAGAAUCCUUUUGUGAUGGAAGGAUCUGCCAUGUAUUAUCUGAAUAAGGAGUUUAAGACUUUUGUUGAGACUAUUUGUGCUAAAGUGAGACAUGUUUCAGAUACUGAUAUGCCACUGCACACUAAACUACCAACUGGUGGUCCAGUGUGUUACUUUGAGGAACAAGAAUCUAAGUGUUCAUUGCGACACUCUCUCCUUGAUGUUCUGGAUGAUGUACUAAAGUUGUGGAAUCAGGCUACUGAUGAAAUUAUUAUCUUCCCAGGAUUAGUUUUCAAUGAUGUAGGGACUGAUUUUUCUUGCCCACCAUUGUCGUGCCAUGUUUUAUUGUUGGGAUAUGGAUCUGGUGUAUGUGAACAAUAUAUAAGGAGAAUGCUUCAGACAUUUAAGAAAGAUGUUAGGCAUUUGUCAGUAUCUCAUUUUGAAAAUGUAUCAGAGUUUGGUCACAGAUUUAUUUCUGGCAAGAACAUACUUAUAAAAAAUUGUACUUCAUCAGAUAUAACUCUAAAGGUGGCACAAGAAUUUUCCCUGACUGUAACAAGUAGGGGGAAAUCAAAUUGUGUGUCAGUGAGUGUGGUACAUCUCGAUCACCUUUCAGAAUUAUUGUUUGACAUUAAAAAUUGGAGACAGUUAUGGGCUCAAGAGUCUUGUGUUGUGUUUGAUGGGAAUAUUCCAUUUUUAAGACUUGCUUGUUUUGAAUCAUUGGCCUAUACAUUAGAUAUAUGUUUUACUGAAAGUCCUGCCUUUUCAUUAGUAAAGUUCUACAGCAUAUUAUGGCAAAUAGCUGCUGAUAUAAUAACUAAUGUAGAAUUUUUGAACCUGUAUGAAUCUCCUGAUGGCUGGAGAAGUCAUUGCUAUAGGAUUACUUACCAGUCUUUUGACAAAGCUUUGUCUAAACAGAAAGCUAUUGACAUUCAAGAAUCUGUUAUAGGAAAAAUACUAUGUGUAAAAUUAGGGGUUUCUAUAAGGUGAUAAAUUUGGGAAUAAUUCAUAUGCAGUGAUUCAUUUAAUGUUCACAUAUUUCUAGAGUUGUAAAUUAUGGUCCUGUGAUACUGUAAAUUAUGUUUUAAGCUGCUAGUUUCAAAGCUUUCAAAAUAAAAUGUACAUUUGGUUGCAAUGAGUUUAGAAAGUCAAUAGAUUAUAUGUUUCAGUGCAGUGUUUAAUGGACUUUGCUGUUGUUGGUUUGGUAUUUCACCAUGGAGAAACAUAUUUCUGAUUGUCAUAAUUUUAGUCUGUCAUAGUUACAGUGCUGACAUCAUUGCAAUUAAGCUAUCACUUCAGAAAGAUCAGUAGAAAUCCCCAUUUGUCAUUUUGAAAUUGAAAGUCUAUCUAAUACUUGCUACACAAUUAUUUUUCUAGAAUUUGACAGAUUUGCUGUAUUGGGGAAGGUGAUUUGUUUUCUUGAAUACUUUUGUAAAUUACAAAAAAUGGAAGCCUGGUAGCAUCUUUUGUCACAUUUACAUCUUAACUUUUGACUCUUACUAAUUUGAAUGAUGUUAAAAGUCAUAACAUUUAUACUUCUAAUAUGUAAUUUUAUUUCAGUGACAGUGUGUUGAUGUUUUGUUUUAAGUGAGCGAAUAUUUUCAUGUUCAAUAAACAUUGUAAGUCACAAA